AAGAGACCACAUUCACUGUUAUAGAUCACAGUACCAGUGUAACAGGUAUCACAGACAGCCCUGCAUCGCACCGCUCCACUGUUAUCACUCAGCACUGAGAGAACAUGGACUCGGCGUUGCCCGCGUUUCUCAUUUAAUCGCCUCAGAGGAACUAAAAGAAAGUGGACGUUUGUCUUUACAGAUGGCCAAAGACAGCAAGAGGAGGAUACGAUGGUUGCAUUCUUCUGAUGAACAUUCUUCUGUGUUUUAAACCCCUUUCUUGACACACACACACACACACACACACACGAAAAAGUUUCUUUAAGGAGUGCAACAGGCAAUUCUUCCCGCUGAUGUGCCAUUAGAGAGGAAUGGAGUAAAGUCUGGGCUCUUUCUGGGAUUGAUUUAUCGCAGAUCAAGGAGACAUGGCUCAACCUGAAGACGCACCGAAGGAAAUGCUGAGCGCCGAGGGGAAGGCAGAGAGCGAGUCUGCGGGAGAAAUAAAGCGGGCUCGAACCAUGGCGCUCUACAACCCCAUCCCGGCCAAACACAACUGCCUCACCGUCAACAGGUCUCUCUUUAUCUUCGCCGAGAACAAUAUGAUCCGAAAAUAUGCAAAGAGGAUUAUAGAGUGGCCUCCGUUUGAGUAUAUGAUCCUGGCCACCAUCAUAGCCAACUGCAUCGUUCUGUCCCUGGAGCAGCAUCUUCCUGGAGAGGACAAGACACCCAUGUCCAAAAGACUGGAGAAGACGGAGCCUUACUUCAUUGGCAUCUUCUGUUUCGAGGCUGGCAUCAAGCUGGUGGCGCUCGGCUUUGUUUUCCAUAAGGGCUCCUAUCUGAGAAACGGCUGGAACGUGAUGGACUUCAUCGUUGUGCUCAGCGGGAUUCUGGCCACCGCUGGAUCUCAUAUGAACAUUCCUGUUGAUCUGAGAACGCUGAGAGCUGUGCGCGUGCUGAGACCCCUGAAACUGGUCUCCGGUAUCCCCAGUUUACAGAUCGUGCUGAAGUCCAUCAUAAAAGCGAUGGUGCCGCUGCUGCAGAUCGGACUCCUGCUGUUCUUCGCCAUCCUGAUGUUCGCCAUCAUCGGUCUGGAGUUUUACAGUGGGAAACUACACCACACCUGCCUGGCCGACCUGGAUAUACUCGAUAAUGAGACGGUGGACUCGUCGGAGGUGGAUUUUGCUUGUGGUGUGAGGAAAUGUCCUGAUAAAUACACCUGCAGCGGCUCUUGGAUUGGACCCAAUGACGGCAUCACGCAGUUUGAUAACAUCCUGUUCGCAGUGCUAACAGUGUUUCAGUGCAUCACUAUGGAGGGCUGGACGGCGGUGCUGUAUAAUACUAAUGAUGCUCUGGGACCCACGUGGAAUUGGAUAUAUUUCAUUCCUCUCAUCAUUAUCGGCUCAUUCUUUGUGCUCAACCUUGUUUUGGGUGUCCUUUCUGGGGAGUUUGCUAAAGAGAGAGAGCGGGUGGAGAACAGACGUGCUUUCAUGAAACUCAGACGACAACAGCAGGUGGAGAGAGAACUGAACGGCUACCGGGCAUGGAUAGACAGAGCAGAGGAGGUCAUGCUUCAAGAAGAAAACAAGAAUUCUGGGAGGUCUGCAUUAGAUGUAUUGAAACGAGCCACAAGCAAGAAAAACGCAAGACGUCGAGGGCCAGGAGAGGAGAAAUAUUCUGAAAUCUCCACAGUUGCAGGUGGAUCUCGUCCGAGGGUUGGCAUGCGGACGCCGAGGCGAGGUCCUGCUGCGUAUCUGAGGCGUAAAGAGCGAAUGUUACGCUUCUCCAUUCGCCGCAUGGUGAAAACCGACAGCUUCUACUGGAUAGUGCUCAGUCUGGUGGCGCUCAACACCAUCUCUGUGUCCAUCGUUCACCACAACCAGCCCGAAUGGCUCACCGUCAUUCAGUAUUACACAGAGUUUGUGUUUCUGGGGCUUUUUCUUGCUGAGAUGUUUCUGAAAAUGUACGGCCUUGGCUUCCGUCUGUACUUCCAUUCGUCCUUCAACUGCUUUGACUGUGGGGUGAUUGUCGGCAGUAUUUUUGAAGUGGUUUGGGGAUUCUUCAGGCCUGGGGUGUCUUUUGGCAUCAGUGUCCUCCGAGCUUUACGUCUGCUGCGGAUCUUUAAAAUUACCAAGUAUUGGUCGUCCUUGAGGAAUUUGGUGGUGUCCCUUAUGAGCUCCAUGAAGUCCAUCAUCAGUUUGCUCUUCCUCCUAUUCCUGUUUAUCGUCGUCUUCGCUCUUCUCGGCAUGCAGCUGUUUGGCGGCAGGUUCAUCUUUGAGGAUUACACUCCUACUAAUUUUGACACAUUUCCAGCAUCCAUCAUGACGGUGUUUCAGAUUCUCACCGGAGAGGACUGGAAUGAAGUGAUGUACAACGGGAUUCGUUCUCAAGGAGGAGUGCAUUAUGGGAUGUGGUCUUCCAUAUACUUCAUCGUUUUAACUUUGUUUGGGAACUACACACUGCUCAAUGUAUUCUUGGCCAUUGCUGUGGAUAAUCUAGCCAAUGCACAGGAACUAACUAAGGAAGAAGAGGAGGAGGAGGAGGAGUUCUUCAACCAGCGCUAUAAAAGCAGAGAAUUCGGCCUCUCGGAAAGGAGACGGAGACCGUACCUGUACAGAAAGCGUGCCAUCCACCGAGGGCGACCUUCACCUGCAGAAGCGGAGGAGGAAGCUGCAGGGAAACAAGCAGCGGAAGAACAGCCAGUCAAUGCUUUUGCAGGCCGUCGAGAGAGACGCAAAAAAAUUAACAUGUCCGUCUGGGAGCAAAGGGCCAACCAGCUGCGGAAACGUCGUCAGAUGGCCAGCCGUGAGGUACUGUUUGGUGGUCCCACAGAGGACCAGGACACUCCAGGGAGCGAUCAUCACCAGCAGCAUAGCUUGUCCACUGAAACAAGCCCUUUACACUUGCCAGAAUCUCCAAUGUCUGUGGGGAUGCCUUUGCCAGAGCCGCCUAUGUCUAUUACCAUUCCUCUGCCUGAGCCUCCAGAGUCUGAGCCGUUGUCGGGAUCAGGGCUAGAGGAGAGGCCGAGCGCUAAUAACCACCACGCUAAUACCGAAAGGAGACAUCGAGUGGCGAGGAAGUUUCGAGCUGCUGCUGCUGCAGGGGUGGCGGAGGGUGGGCGACACAAACGCCACAGACAUCGGGAGUCCAGAACAGAGGCCAGAAAUGCAGAGAAUCACCAGCAGUUUGAGAGGCAGGCUGAAGACGGUGAAGGUAAAACAGAGGAAGCUCAAUCUAAGCACAUGAUGAACAUGUGUGACCCGGAAAGGCAAAUCGAGAAUCAAGAGGAGUGCCAAAGGGAGUUUGUGUGUGAUCUGACAGGGCUCUCCCAAGCCUCCGGCCAUCAGGAGGAAGAUCAAGCCGAAAGCCAAGAGGCUCAACUUCUGAGGCACAAAGAAGACUUCUCUACAGAAUCUAAAUACAUGACAGAAGUCUCGGACAUUGAGAACAACGGCAGCUAUCUCAACCAGGAUGAGUGUAUGACCGAAACCAGCCUAAAACGAGAGUCCUCAUCCCAGCCUUUGUUGGAAAUGGCACCAAUGACUGUCAGUUUCAAGGACGUGGAGGCGUCUCUUUCAGACAAAGCUGACGAUGAUGAUGAUGAUGAUAUGGAUGAUGAUGAUGAUUACGAAGACGAUGAGAAUGGAGGUGAAAAGUCGACAGCCUCCAAACCUGAAAGGCCCGACAGCAUGUUCAUUUUCAAGAGCAAAAACCCCAUCAGGAGGAUCUGCCAUUAUGUGGUGACCCUGCGGUAUUUCGAGAUGACUAUUCUCCUGGUGAUCGUGGCCAGCAGUAUCGCUCUGGCAGCUGAAGACCCUGUGUGCACCAGUUCAGAGAGAAAUAAGGUUCUGCGUUACUUUGAUUAUGUUUUCACUGGAGUUUUCACAUUUGAGAUGAUCAUAAAGAUGAUUGACCAGGGCCUCAUUCUUCACGAUGGGUCGUAUUUUCGGGACAUGUGGAACAUUCUGGAUUUUAUUGUGGUGGUGGGAGCUCUGAUUGCGUUUGCAUUGACGAAUUUAUUGGGAAACAACAAAGGCCGAGACAUUAAGACCAUCAAGUCCUUGCGGGUUCUGCGGGUUCUCCGUCCCCUCAAGACCAUCAAAAGACUCCCAAAGCUGAAGGCAGUGUUUGAUUGCGUGGUCACGUCUCUGAAGAACGUCUUCAACAUCCUGAUCGUCUACAAGCUCUUCAUGUUCAUCUUCGCAGUCAUCGCAGUGCAGCUCUUCAAGGGGAAAUUCUUCUACUGCACCGACGGCUCCAUGGGCACGCAGAAAGAAUGCCAGGGCUACUACAUCGACUAUGGAAGAGACAGAAAGGAGGUGAAGAAGAGGGAAUGGAGGAGACACGAGUUUCACUAUGAUAACGUCCUCUGGGCUCUUCUAACGCUCUUCACCGUGUCCACAGGAGAGGGAUGGCCACAAGUCCUUCAGCACUCGGUGGACGUCACUGAAGAAGACCACGGCCCGAGCAGAGGAAACCGCAUGGAGAUGUCCAUUUUCUACGUCAUAUACUUUGUGGUUUUCCCUUUCUUUUUCGUCAACAUUUUUGUAGCUCUCAUCAUUAUCACAUUCCAGGAGCAGGGCGACAAAAUGAUGGAGGAGUGCAACCUGGAGAAAAACGAGAGGGCUUGCAUUGACUUUGCAAUCAGUGCCAAACCCCUGACGAGAUACAUGCCUCAGAACAGGCAGACGCUGCAGUACCGCUUGUGGCACUUUGUGGUGUCGCCGUCUUUCGAGUACACGGUUCUCGUCAUGAUUGCACUCAACACUGUAGUGCUCAUGAUGAAGUAUUACUCAGCACCGACGGCCUACGAUAUCGUCCUGAAGCACCUCAACACGGCCUUCACCGUGCUGUUCUCUCUUGAGUGCAUCCUAAAGAUCAUGGCCUUCGGGUUUAUGAACUAUUUCCGGGACACCUGGAACAUCUUUGAUUUCAUCACUGUGCUGGGCAGUAUUACCGAAAUUGUAGUAGACUUACAGUCAGUAAACACCAUUAAUAUGAGUUUCCUGAAGCUUUUCCGGGCAGCAAGACUGAUCAAGCUAUUGAGACAAGGCUACACGAUACGCAUUCUGCUCUGGACGUUUGUUCAGUCUUUCAAGGCUCUUCCAUAUGUUUGUCUUCUUAUUGCCAUGCUUUUCUUCAUUUAUGCCAUUAUCGGCAUGCAGGUGUUUGGAAAUAUUAAACUGAAUGAUGAAAGCCAUAUUAAUCAGCACAACAACUUCAAGACCUUCUUUGGUGCCCUGAUGCUGCUGUUCAGAAGCGCCACAGGAGAGUCGUGGCAGGAGAUCAUGCUGUCGUGUCUGGAGGGUAAAGAGUGUGAGCCGGACCCUUCAAUAACACCACCUUUCACCUCUCCAGACCACGAGGGCGGCUGCGGCACCGACUUCGCCUAUUUCUAUUUCGUUUCCUUCAUCUUCUUCAGCUCAUUUCUGAUGCUGAAUCUGUUCGUGGCUGUCAUCAUGGACAACUUUGAGUAUUUGACACGAGAUUCGUCAAUUCUUGGACCUCACCAUCUAGAUGAGUUUGUGCGCAUCUGGGGGGAAUAUGACCGCGCAGCAUGUGGCCGGAUUCACUAUAAUGCCAUGUAUGAGAUGCUGACCCACAUGUCUCCACCUCUUGGGUUGGGAAAGAAAUGUCCUGCAAAAAUUGCCUACAAGAGACUGGUGCUGAUGAACAUGCCAGUCGACGAGGACAUGACGGUUCACUUCACAUCCACACUGAUGUCUCUGAUCCGCACCGCACUGGAGAUCAAGAUCGCUAGAGGGGGUGAGGAUCGGCUACAGCUGGACAUGGAGUUACAGAAAGAGAUCAGUUUCAUCUGGCCACAUCUGUCCCAGAAGACUCUGGACCUGCUGGUGCCGAUAAACAAAGACACUGACAUGACCGUUGGAAAGAUCUAUGCUUCGAGGAUGAUCAUGGAUUUCUUUAAACAGAGCAAAGCCAAGAAGCUGAGGCUGCAAGUGGAGGCGCAGAGAGCUGCUGCACUCCCUCUGAUAUCUCACAGUGCUGGAUCUGCCCUGACCAGCGGAGGGUUUGUGGCUUUAAGCCCAAUUUCACCACAGGAGCUGUUAUUGCAGCCCAUAACCCAGCGUACAGACAGCAGUGAAGACUACGACGCCUCACAGGUUGAUGAAUCAGGGUUGAAUGGCGUGUGGGGGGAAGACCGCCCACCUGAACAUGCAUUCAGAGCCAGACACAAGAGCUACAAAGCUGCAGUGUCCCACUCAGAGCAGACACAGUACAUGGAAAAGGUGCGAGGACGACCAAAGGAACAACGGCUCUUACUGUCCCCGAAAAACUCCAACUCAAAGUCUCGUUCCCGCUCUCCCAGCGAGGAGCGCGUACAUGGGGUCACAAGACAGGGAAACAGCUCCGAAAGCCCCGUUCCUUCCACCUCAGAGUCCAGCACCCCGAGUGGAAAACGCAGAUUAUCCCAAACCUCCACCUGCUCUCGGCCUCACAUCUCCUACUCGCCUCUAGUGUCCCACACGCAGUCUUCAUCGCAGCCCACUAAUAAUAAUGAGGAGGAUGAGGAGGAUGAUCCAGCGGUUCAGCAGAUGUUAGGCUGCUGCAGUACUGCUUUAUGGGAUGACAGCGCUGAAGACCAGGAUGCGAGAGCGAGACAACAAGAAAAAUCCCAUUUCGAAGUGGAUGAAUUUUUGGGUUCGUCCGUCCGCCGUUAUCCAUCUGAAUCAUUCCUCGCUCUCCAAGAGGAAGAGCACAGCCCGGAUUCUGCCACAGCAAUGGAAACUCUCACUUUUGAGGCGGCGGUGGCCACCAGCUUAGGCCGCGCAAAUACGGUCAGCGCCUCAAUGCGCACUAGAUCACGAAUAGGCUGGCAGGUGCCCAAUGGACACUUCCGGAAGAGGUUGGCGCAGAGUGUUUCUCUUGCUGGGGGCGAAACUCUGAGCGAUGUAGAGGACGACAAAUACUAGAUUUGGUCAGGGGUGUAGAAUUAGCAUGGACACCAGUUGAAAUGUCCCCAUCAAUAAUUUAAUUCACUUACAAAAACAGGCCUGGACAUACAGAAGGGGUUACAUCACAGUCUCAAGUUGUACCGCCCCCGAAACACAUAUGAACAUUGUGAUUGGCUGUGCCUUUCCUUGCUGUCAUGUUUCAUUCAGAUGUAAUCAGCGGGGGAGUUUUCCUGUGCAAGAAUAAGCUGUGUGACACACGCAUGGCAAAGCAAAACAUGGAAGAUGGACAUGAGGAGCUUUUUUCAAGGAAAAGAGUCACAUAAACUCAAGACCGCUGCAGGAAGAGUCCAUCAUGAUAAUGGUCAUGUUAAUGCUAGUGUUUUUUUUUUAAUUCCCGCUUUGGCGCACAGUCUAAUGUUACAGCAGGCUGAUAUAGUCUGUGAAUAAUAUGGUCUGAAAACUAACAGCAGAAUAAACAGCUACAUGUAAAGCUAUUAUUAUCAUCCCGAUCGGGGCGAUUCGUAAGCCCCCACCAAUGUCAAGAGCAGAUCUGGGAUCUUGGAUUUGGCUAAAGACACAACAGGAUAGAAACAUUUGGAGGACACUGAAGAGGACGCCAGUCUCCAGUAUUCAAGCAAGAGCUGUUUCAUAGAUAGACCAAUUACAUGUUCAAUGGAGCCUUUUCACAUUUCCAGGGUUCUCAGGGGUCGUGAUACUUGGUAAACUUGGAGCGCGGUGAAUGACAACAAAUCAUUUUCUACAAUCCUAUUUGCUGAAAUGAGAAAAGAAAAACAGUGUGAUGGGGUUGACUGCCACAAAACGGAAAAUAAAUAGAUAAUGGUAGGCAGGAGAGAGAAUAAUGAUAAAUUUAGUGUCCCACCUCCACAGACGAUGCUUUUUUAAUGCCUCAAAUAUUUAAACGGUAAUUCGUUUUUUUUGUAAUUAGAUGCAAAGAUGAUACACUUUACGAAACUGCUGUCAAAUUUACAGAUUUACUGCCAAUUUUGGUGAAUUUACACGUUCAUUGAAAUCAACAAUAACGUGCUGUAAAACUACGGUGCACUUGUAAAUUUUACAGUAUUACUGGCAUUUUUUACAAGCGCACUGUAAAUUAACACUUACAACUGUGCUGUAAAACUACAGUAAAACUACCUUGCAACUACAGUGCGCGUGUACAUUUUACAGUAUUACUGGCAAUUUUUACAAGCGCACUGUAUAUUUACAAUUACAACUGUGCUUUAAAACUACAGUAAAACUACAAUAAAACUACAGUGUGCUUGUACAUUUUACAGUAUUACUUUCCAUUUUUAAAAACACACUGCAAAUUAACAAUUACAACUGUGCUGUAAAACUAAAGUAAAACUAUAGUGUAACUAAAGUGCGCUUGUAAAUUUUACAUUAUUACAGGCAAUUUUACAAACGCACUGUAAAUUAGCAAUUACAAAUGUGCAGGAAAACUAGUGUAACUACAGUGCGCUUGUAAAUUUUACAGUAUUACUGGUCAUUUUUUUACAAGCACACUGUAAAUUAACGAUUAAAACUGCUGUAAAACUACUGUGCGCUUGUAAAUGUUACAGUAUCACUGCCAGUUUUUACAAAUGCACUGUAAAUUAACAAAUACAACUAUGCUGUAAAACUACAGUACACUUGUAAAUAUUACAGUAUCACAUGUGAUUUUUGCAACUGCACUGUAAAUUAACAAUUAAAACUGCUGUCAAGCUACAGCGCGCUUGUAAAUAUUAAAGUAUUACUGGCAAUUUUUACAAGCACACUGUGAAUUAACAAUUACAGCUGUGCUGUAAAACUGCAGUAAAACUACAGUGCAACUACAGUGCGUGUGUGAAUUUUACUGUAUUACUGGCAUUUUUUACAAAUACACUGUAUAUUUACAAUUACAACGUGCUGUAAAGCUACAGUAAAACUACAAUAAAACUACAGUGCGCUUGUAUAUUUUACAGUAUUACUGGUCAUUUUUAAAAACACACUGCAAAUUAACAAUUACAACUGUGCUGUAAAACUUAAGUAAAACUAUAGUGUAACUACAGUGCGCUUGUAAAUUUUAAUUAUAAAUUAACAAUCAAAACUGCUGUAAAACUACAAUGCGCUUGUAAAAUUGCAGUAUUACUGGCAAUUUUUCCAAGCACACUGUAAAUUAACAAUUAAAACUUCUUUCGAACUACAGUAAAACUACGGUGCGCUUGUAAAUUUUACAGUAUUACUGGUCAUUUUUUACAAGCGCACUGUAAAUUAACAAUUAAAACUGCUGUAAAACUACAGUAUGCCUGUACAUGUUACAGUAUCACUAGUCAUUUUUGCAACUGCACUAUAAAUUAACAAUUAAAACUGCUGUGAAACUACAAUGCUCUUGCAAAAUUGCAGUAUUACUGCCAAUUUUUCCAAGCACACUGUAAAUUAACAAUUAAAACUUCUUUCGAAUUACAGUAAAACUACAGUGCGCUUGUAAAUAUUACAGUAUUACUGCCCAUUUUUACAAGCACACUGUAAAUUAACAAUUACAACUGUGCUGUAAAACUACAGUGCGCUUGUGCAUGUUAGAGUAUCACUGGUAAUUUUUGCAACUGCACUGUAAAUUAACAAUUAAUACUGUGCUAUAAAAUUACAGUAAAUCUACAGUAAAAACACAGUGCACUUGUAAAUUAUAUAGUAUUACUGCCAAUUUUAUGAGCAAACUGUGAAUUAGCAAUUACAACUGUGCUGUAAAACUACAGUGUGCUUGUAAAUAUUACAGUAUCACUGGUCAUUUUUGCAACUGCACUGUAAAUUAACAAUUAAAACUGCUGUUAAACUACAGUAAAACUACAAUAAAACUACAGCGCGCUUGUAAAUAUUAAAGUAUUACUGGCAAUUUUUACAAGCACACUGUAAAUUAACAAUUACAGCUGUGCUGUAAAACUGCAGUAAGACUACAGUGCAACUACAGUGCGUGUGUAAAUUUUACUGUAUUUCUGGCAUUUUUUACAAAUACACUGUAUAUUUACAAUUACAACUGUGCUGUAAAGCUACAAUAAAACUACAUUAAAACUACAGUGCACUUGUAAAUUUUACAGUAUUACUGGUCAUUUUUCCAAGUACACUGUAAAUUUACAAUCACGACUGUGCUGUAAAACUGCAGUAAAACUACAGUGCACUUGUAAAUUUUACAGCAUUACUGGCAACCAAAAUUGCCAGUAAUACUGUAAAUUUUACAGUGAUUUU